AUGGAACCCCGUCGUCGUCGACAAAGAGUGGCAAAGAAGGCGUACAUUCAUCGGGACCGUGAAGCCGGAGCACAACGUUUGCACGCGCAUUAUUUUGCCGAAAAUCCGGUCUACCCCAACAACGUUUUCCGACGCCGAUUUCAUAUGCGUCGUGCAUUGUUUUUGCGCAUCGUCGACGUCGUGCAGUCUGAUACAUACUUCCAACAACGCGCGGAUGCACUUGGCAGACCCGGCUUCACACUGUUGCAGAAAUGCACGCUUGUUGUUCGUAUGCUAGCUAAUGGUGGGGCAGCGGACCAGUACGACGAGUAUCUACGGAUUGCAGAGUCCACCUUGUUGGAGUGUUUGCGCAGAUUCUGUUGA